CACGAGCGGACGUGCGAAAUGUUGUACGGAUAUGCUUGCAGGUGAGGUACGUCAGAGCUUCGUAACGCCGGACCGUUUCAGCUACGUUCGACGAGCCGCUCCAUGAUGCACAAGCUCGUAUCCUGGCCAUGUCUUUUCUUCCUGCUGUUGACUGCAGUGAUAGACUUCGGAGACUGCCAGCUGUACCGGCGGCUUCGCCUGGUACCGCCGAUGAACGCCACCGCAUUUUGCCCUAACAUGGCUGCUGCUGGUGCGGAUGGUUUCAUCAGGACCAUCUGGUUUUUUCCCAAUGGCAGCCGUGUCUUAAACGGUGACAGAACCGUCGUUGACGAAUCCGUUGGCGUCCUAGACGUCAUCGAUCCCGCCAACGAAGACCUGGGCGUGUACAAGUGCGUGUCGCUCCGAGGUUCCAACACGGCUGAUGCCAACGCUACCAUGGCGUUCGUGGAGAUCUACAGCGCCCAGAGGAGGUCAUUGACGGAGAGGCUGUGGAUCGGAGGUCUGGCGGCAAUGUGCGUUCUCGUCGUAGUGUUCUUCGUGAGCCUGGUACUCAAAUACCGGUACAGACAGCCGCCUAUCGAGAAACGUGGAGGGGCCCCCGUGGGUGCGACAUGCGGAGUAGUCAACAAGAGAUUCGAGAUCGAAGAGAUGUCAACUGUUUUCUAAAAGGUCUCUAGUCUGACGUUCUCUGCUUAACCAACCAGGGCCGAGUCAUAGUAGUGCCUGUGUGGCCAGCUCUGCCGGUGGGCCUCGAGGGUGACAUUUUGGUGCUUAUUUAAUCACUUGUCAACUUAGGUGAACAACAUGCUCUAAGGAAAAAAACAGUGCGUGUGACACUUUUUGGUGAGUCCUGACUUGUGACUAUGUUAUGAGUCCCGAGUGCUGACUUGUGCAAUAUAUGACUCUUUUUACGCAGACAGGUUAACUCCCUUUUGGCCGCAAGUCUCUCAAGAGAGAGUUGUAUAAUAUCCGCAUAAAGCACACGUGUUUCUUCAAAAAUAGUCAUACAGGCGCAAGCCAGGACUCC